AUGUCAAAUUCAAGUGCUAUCGAGCCAUAUGCUUUGGACGAGAAAUCUCAGCAAAAGUUUAAUGUAGCUACUGAUGAAGAAUCAAGUGGAGAAAUUUAUAAUCAUGAUGACGAAACAAAUUAUUUUCCACAAUAUGCUGAUGAAUACAACCCAAGAGGUUAUAGAAAACCAACUGAACAUGAAGAGAAGACUUUAAGAAGAGUAUUAGGUAAAUUUCAAUAUUCUAUUAUGUUAAUGUGUUUUGUGGAAUUUGCUGAAAGAGCUUCUUAUUAUUCUGUUACAGGAAUUUUAUCAAAUUUUAUUCAACGUCCAUUACCAAAAGAUUCUCCACACGGAUGGGGGGCACCUCCAAAAGGAAAUGACAACGCGCUGGCAGGAGCCUUAAAUAGGGGAUUACAAACUGCAAGUGCUCUUACAAAUUUGGUUACAUUUUUAGCUUAUGUUGUUCCAUUAUUUGGCGGUUAUAUUGCAGAUGUAAAAUGGAGUCGUUGGAAAACAAUUCAAUAUGGUGUUGUAUUUGGUGGUAUUUCUCAUGUGCUUUUCAUAGUCUCCGCUGCACCCAGUUUAAUCGAAAAUCAAAAAGCAGGAUUGGCAAUUUGUAUACUUGCUAUUUUUACGUUGGCUAUAGGUACCGGAUUCAUAAAACCAAAUUUAUUACCAUUAAUGCUUGAUCAAUAUGAAACUCCACAAUGUGUUAAAAAGUUAAAAAGUGGAGAAGAAGUUAUCAUUGAUCGUGAAAAGACAAUUGAGAGUGUUACUCUAGUAUUUUAUUGGGCUAUUAAUAUUGGUGCAUUUUUCCAAUUAGCUACAUCAUACUGUGAAAGAAGAGUUGGUUUUUGGUUAGCAUUUUUUGUACCAUUAAUAUUAUAUUUACUUAUGCCAAUAGCAUUUUGGAUUGUUAAACCAAAAUUAAAGUUUGAAAAACCUACUGGUAGAUCAAUUAUUACGGUUUUCAUUAAAAUCUUAACUGUUGCAUUGUCAGGUAAUUUUAUUAAACGUUAUUUCGCAGGAACAUUCUGGGAAUACGCCAAACCAACUAACAUGAGAGCAAGAGGUAGAAAUUACUUCAAUUCCAGAAAACAAUCACCAAUUACUUGGACUGAUCAAGAUGUUUUAGAUGCUAAACAAACCGUUGAUGCCUGUAAAAUUUUCUUUUACUUUAUUUUUUUCAAUUUAGCUGAUAAUGGGUUAGGAUCAGCUGAAACUUCAUUGAUUGGUGCUAUGACUUUAGAUGGUGUUCCAAAUGAUUUAUUUAACAAUUUCAAUCCAUUAGCCAUUAUUGUUUUAAUUCCAGUUUUAGACUACAUUGUUUACCCAUUAUUAAUGAAAUAUAGAAUUCCAUUUAGUACAAUUGCUAAAAUUGCAGUUGGUUUUAUUAUUGCAGCAAUGUCACAAGUUGCGGGUGCAGUAUUACAACAUAAAGUUUAUCAAACAUCUCCAUGUGGAAAUCAUUCAACCAAUUGUGAAUCCCCAGCUCCAAUUUCUGCAUGGCAAGCAUCAAGUAUUUAUAUUCUUGCAGGUGCUAGUGAAGUUUUCUGUAUGACUACAAUUUAUGCUUUAGCUUAUACAAGAGCUGCUCCAUCAAUGAAAGGUAUGACUAUGGCUUUAUUCUUAUUUACUUCAGCUAUUAGUGCUGCUAUAAGUUUAGCCGUUACAGCUGCAUUAAUUGAUCCAUAUCUUAUCAUUGUUUUCGGUGUUAUUGGUGGUGUUUCAUUCCUUGCUGGUAUAGUUGUUUAUAUACAAUUCUAUAACUUGGAUAAAAUUAUGGCUGAAGAAGAAGCUGAAAGAGAAAGAAUGAUUGCCGAAGAAGAACAUGAAGAAAAAUCACAUAUACCAGAAACUGUUUUGGAUCCAAUCAAUAGUAACAACACUGCUUUAGAACCAGUUGUUUCAGCAAGAGCAAACUUAAGAUAA